AUGGAAAUCAAAGUUCGUAAACCAUUCUGCCCCAGUUUCAAGGAAGUGCCUACAUCCUUAAAGAUUCUUUGUGAUAAUGUUUCUGGUACUCUUGAGCUUUCUGGGCCUCUCAACAAACUAAUCAGCCUGGUACGAACCAAAGUGGAUGAAGCCCUCCUCAACACCAUGAUCAGGUUCUAUAAUCCUCUCCUUCAUUGCUUUACUUAUAGAGACUUUCAGUUGGUUCCCAUAUUAGAGGAAUUUGAAUCCAUACUAGGAUUACCAGUACUUGAUCAGAUUCCCUACACUGGCGAAGAAGAGAUUCCUAAGUUAGAGGAUGUUGUUGCUGCAUUGCAUUUACCUCGGUCAGAAAUAAAAAAAGUUUGGUUGAACAAAGGAAAAUAUUUUGGUUUACCUAUUGACUUCUUGUAUAGUCAAGCUGAAAUCCUGAUUAAGGCUACAAGUAUGGAUGCUCUUGAAAAGGUCCUCGCUCUUCUGAUUUACGGGCAAGUCUUAUUCCCUCGUUACGACAAAAUCGUUGAUAUGAUUGCUAUUAAGAUCUUCCUCAGUAAUAACCCCGUUCCUACCCUAUUGGGUGACUUGUUGCAUUCCAUCCAUUAUCGAUCAUCUAAAGGAAAAGGUUGUAAUCUUGGAUGCGCACCUUUAUUGCAUAAGUGGUUUAUUUCGCACUUAUACCAUUCCACAAUAAAGAACGAAGAUGGUUUGACUUGGGUUCAGAGAAUUAUGAAGCUUUCUUACGACGACAUCAGUUGGAAUCAAAAAGAGUUUGAGGGAGUCCAAUUGUUUGAUCGUUGCGGAGAAUUCCCUAAUGUACCUCUUCUUGGUACCCGAGAGGGAAUCUCUUAUAACCCUAUCCUUGCUCGACAUCAGUAUGGUUUCGCUUUGAAAGAUAAGCCACGCUCCAUAUAUCUUAGCGCAGAAAUUUUCGACUAUGAUUCAGAUACAGCUGGAAAGAAAAGACUUUUCAUUAGAGCUUGGUAUAAGGUAAAGAAAGUCGACCUUACCGCAAUCGUCAACCAAUUGAAGAGAGAAAGAGAUGACUACAAGAGACACUUGCAAAAAGUUGAGGCUGAAAAAGAGGCAUUGAUAGCGGAUGCUAAAGAGAAAGAGGUUUUGCUUGACUACUUUUCCCGCAAGUGGAAGGUUGAAGAUUUCGUCUCCCCAUAUCAGAUUAACUCAUGGGAGCAAGAGAUUUCCAUACUUGUGCAGCAACGAGAAGAAAUAAUCAAGGCCCACAAAGAAGAAGUCAGAGUUCUAAAGAGGAAGCGCCGUCAAGAAGACAAAGACCCCGAAAUUUAG